AGUGUGCAUGUGCAUGAGAGUGUGACUCAGGCAAAGAGAAGGGCUCCAACUGGGACCUGCCUGGAUUCUCAGAUCUGUCAUUAUUAGCUGUGUAUCCUUGGGCAGCCUCUCUGAGUCUGUCCUCUCAUCUGUCUAAUUAAAUGAGGUGUCAUAUAUCAAAUACUUGAUUACUGUAGGCACUUGAGAAGCAAUGUUUGCAGCUGGGCAUGGUUGCUCACGCCUGUAAUCCUAGCACUUUGGGAGGCCGAGGCAGGUGGAUCACUUGAGCUCAGGAGUUCGAGACCAGCCUGACCAACAAGGUGAAACCCCAUCUCUAAAAAAAUAGCAAAAUUAGCCGGGUGUGGUGGUGUGUGCCUGUAGUCCCAGCUACUCAGGAGGCUGAGGCAGGAGAAUCGUUUCAACCCGGGAGGUGGAGAUUACAGUGAGCCAUGAUGGCACCACUGCACUCCAACAUGGGUGACAGAGUGAGACUUCGUCUCAAAAAAAAAAAAAAAGAAAAGAAACAAUGCUUGUUUUGUAGUGUGAUUUGAUGGCUACUUUAUUGGCUAUCUGGACUUCAUAAUCCCAUUUUCUCAUCCUCAUUGAAAUACAAAAUAAAUAAAUAAAUAAAUAAAAGCAAAGCAACUACCUUAAAACCCCAAAUUCUGGCAUUUGUUUAUAUAGUGAUCCUUCUGUACCCAUCGGGGAUUAGUUGCAGGCCCCCCAGAUUUUGGAUGCUCGAGUCCUCUAUAUAAAAUGGUGCAGUAUUUGCAUAUGACCUACACAUAUCUUCCCAUAUACUUUGAGUCAUCUCUAGAUGACUUAGAAUACCUAAUCCAAUGGAAAUGUUAGUAAGUAGUUGUUAUGCUGUAUUGUUUAGGAAAUAAUGACAAGAAAAAGAAGUCUGUAUGUGUUUAGUACAGACACAGCCGUCCUUUUUACAUUUUUACAUUUUUAAUUUUUUGUGGGCACAUAGUAGUAUACAUAUUUAUGCGGUACACGAGAUUUUUGAAUAUUCUUGAUCUGUGGUUGGUUAACUUCAGGGAUGCGGAACCCACAGAUACUGAGGGCUGACUGUACGUAGAAUAUAUGCCUUUGAAACACUGUUUUGGAUUCAGAUUUUGUGUCUUCAAACUUUUUUCAUCAAAAUUUAAGUAUAUUUCUGAACAGUAAGGCAUUGGACUCCAUGCCAGGGGGUGCAGAGGUGAGUGUUCUGGUGAUCUAGAAAGGAGUUGAGGGUCGGGCACGGUGGCUUAUGCCUGUAAUCCCAGCACUUUGGGAGGCCGAAGCGGGUGGAUCAUUUGAGAUCAGGAGUUCAAGACCAGCCUGACCAACAUGGUGAAACCCCGUCUCUACUAAAACUACAAAGAAAUUAGCAAGGUGUGGUGGUGCAUGCCUAUAAUCCCAGCUACUCAGGAGGCUGAGGCAGGAGAAUCUCUUGAACCUGGGAGGUGGAGGUUGCAGUGAGCUGAGAUUGCACCACUGCACUCCAGCCUGGGCAACAGGGCAAGACUCCAUGAAAAAAGAAAGAAGGAAGGAAGGAAGGUGGGGAGGGAGGAAGGGAUGGCAUUUGAGGACACACAAGUACCCUCAUGCAGAGUGGAAUGAGACAGGUGACCCAAGAGGGGUGCUCAUGGGAAAGACUUCUGUGAUGGGAGUAAUUACUCCCCAGCAUGCAGGGGAUUUACUCCUCUUGGGUUUGCAUAAAGAAGGGCACACAAGGGACAAGAGGUCAAGUGAGAUAAACCCUAACAUUUGAAUAAGGGGCUGGCCCGCGUGAGGGAGGAAGGAAGUUGAGGAGAGGGAUCUGAGAGGAAACUAUGCCACAGGUGGCGGGGAGAGCAGGUUAGACCAGGUGGGGCCUUAUGGCUCUGAGAGGAGGUGCUUUUGGAGGUCAGUGGCUUAAGGGAAAUCCUGGGCUGUCAGGAAAGGCCACCUCAGCCCCUGGCCUGUCAGCAAUGGCUCAGUGACCUUGGGCUGUUGUUGGAUCUUUCUACAUCUCUGAAUCUCGAGAAUAAUAAUACCUGUCUAAACCAUGCACUGGGUUGUGUGAUAUGUCACAUAAAAUAGUAGAAGGAGAAAUAGAAUGAUGAGGGCCAGGCACCGUGGCUCAUGCCUAUAAUCCCAGCACUUUGGGAGGCCAGGGCAGGCGGAUCACCUGAAGUCAGGAGUUCGAGACCAGCCUGGCCAACAUGGUGAAACCCUGUCUCUACUAAAAAUACAAAAAUUAGCCAGGCAUGGUGUCAGGUGCCUGUAAUCCCAGCUACUUGGGAGGCUGGGGCAGGAGAAUCGCUUGAACUUGGGAGCGGAGGUUGCAGCGAGCCGAGAUUGUGCCGUUGCACUCCAGCCUGGGUGACAGAGCGAGAAUCCAUCUCAAAAAAAAAAAAAAGAAAAGAAAAAGAAUCAUCGCCCUCCCCCAACACCCAUUAUGUUCCUCUCAGGGAAGCAAGGCAAGAAAGGAGAGAGGAAGAAAGGGAAAAAAGAGAAAAAGGGAGGCCCAGAUGAGGCGUUAUGAGGCGGGUCAGCUCACUGUGGUAGAGGGCAAGACGAGAAAUGUUGUGAAAGCAAAAGGAGCUGACAGGCAGGGCUGGGGGGCGGGGAGGCCCUGUCGCCACGCCCCGGGCAGGCAGAUAAAACGGUCAUUUAUGGUACCCACCCUAACAGAUUAGUCAGUCAGACCCAGGAGAAGUGAGGUCAAUUGCCCUUUAGUCCCAGGACUAACCGGAAGCUUCUGCAACAGGAGGACAUUGAAAAUAAGAUGGAACCCAUCCACAUAAGGAUUUGCCUCAAAGGGCACUGCAAAAAUUGAACAGAGGAAUCCCAAGGAAGCUGCCUGAAUUUGCCUGUAUACUCUCGUUCUGCAUCUUAUAAAGGACCAGACAAAUCAAAUUAGUGGUUUUGGUUUCCGCCAGCUGUGGAUGCCUUUGACAUUAUGACCGCAGAGGAUUCCAUCGCAGCCAUGAGCAGUGACUCGGCCGCCGGGUCCUCGGCCAAGGUGCCCGAGGGCGUGGCGGGCGCGCCCAACGAGGCAGCACUGCUGGCGCUGAUGGAGCGCACGGGCUAUAGCAUGGUGCAAGAGAACGGGCAGCGCAAAUACGGCGGCCCACCGCCCGGCUGGGAGGGCCCGCACCCGCAGCGCGGCUGCGAGGUCUUCGUGGGCAAGAUCCCGCGCGACGUGUACGAGGACGAGCUGGUGCCCGUGUUCGAGGCCGUGGGCCGCAUCUACGAGCUGCGCCUCAUGAUGGACUUUGACGGCAAGAACCGCGGCUACGCCUUUGUCAUGUACUGCCACAAGCACGAGGCCAAGCGCGCAGUGCGCGAGCUCAACAACUACGAGAUUCGCCCGGGCCGCCUGCUCGGCGUGUGCUGCAGCGUGGACAACUGCCGCCUCUUCAUUGGCGGGAUCCCCAAGAUGAAGAAGCGCGAGGAAAUCCUGGAAGAGAUCGCCAAGGUCACCGAGGGCGUGCUGGACGUGAUCGUCUACGCCAGCGCGGCCGACAAGAUGAAGAACCGCGGCUUCGCCUUCGUGGAGUACGAGAGCCACCGCGCGGCUGCCAUGGCUCGCCGCAAGCUCAUGCCUGGCCGCAUCCAGCUGUGGGGCCACCAGAUCGCCGUGGACUGGGCCGAGCCUGAGAUCGACGUGGACGAGGACGUGAUGGAGACCGUGAAGAUCCUCUACGUGCGCAACCUCAUGAUCGAGACCACCGAGGACACCAUCAAGAAGAGCUUCGGCCAGUUCAACCCCGGCUGCGUGGAGCGCGUCAAGAAGAUCCGCGACUACGCCUUCGUGCACUUCACCAGCCGCGAGGAUGCCGUGCAUGCCAUGAACAACCUCAACGGCACUGAGCUGGAGGGCUCGUGCCUGGAGGUCACGCUGGCCAAGCCCGUGGACAAGGAGCAGUACUCGCGCUACCAGAAGGCAGCCAGGGGUGGCGGCGCGGCUGAGGCAGCGCAGCAGCCCAGCUACGUGUACUCCUGCGACCCCUACACACUGGCCUACUACGGCUACCCCUACAACGCGCUCAUCGGGCCCAACAGGGACUACUUCGUGAAAGCAGGCAGCAUAAGAGGCCGAGGGCGAGGUGCAGCUGGCAACAGAGCCCCGGGGCCCAGGGGUUCCUACCUCGGGGGAUAUUCUGCUGGCCGUGGUAUAUAUAGCCGAUAUCAUGAAGGGAAAGGAAAGCAGCAAGAAAAAGGAUAUGAACUUGUGCCGAAUUUGGAAAUCCCUACCGUCAACCCAGUUGCCAUUAAACCUGGUACAGUAGCCAUCCCUGCCAUUGGGGCGCAGUAUUCCAUGUUUCCAGCAGCUCCAGCCCCUAAAAUGAUUGAAGAUGGCAAAAUCCACACAGUGGAGCACAUGAUCAGCCCCAUUGCUGUGCAGCCAGACCCAGCCAGUGCUGCUGCCGCCGCAGCCGCGGCCGCUGCCGCCGCAGCCGCCGUCAUUCCCACUGUGUCGACGCCACCACCUUUCCAGGGCCGCCCAAUAACUCCAGUAUACACAGUGGCUCCAAACGUUCAGAGAAUUCCCACUGCCGGGAUCUACGGGGCCAGUUACGUGCCAUUUGCUGCUCCAGCCACAGCCACGAUCGCCACACUACAGAAGAACGCGGCAGCCGCGGCUGCCGUGUAUGGAGGAUACGCAGGCUACAUACCUCAGGCCUUCCCUGCUGCUGCCAUUCAGGUCCCCAUCCCCGACGUCUACCAGACAUACUGAGGCUGGUGACCAGCACGAAGACAGACCACACAAACACCACUGAAGGAACGCUUGACUAUUUAUGAAGAAGGAACAUGUUGGAUUCGCACAUGCAACCUGAAAGUGAAGAAUGUUAGCAGAUUUAUUUCUGAAAUAUUUUAUAUACAUGAAGUUUUCACUAGUUUUUUAAGACUAUUUUCAACUUAGCAUGCCUACAUUCAUACAUUUCCAAAAGACUUGCAAUGGUUCGUGCCUUCAUACCAUCUUUUAAAAAUUUGUAUGCUGUACUACAUUUGUAUAGAGGUUUUUGUUGUUGUUGUUGUUUUUUUAAGGAUAUAUUUUCAGUAUGAAGGUUAUUUUCUUAACUUCUGCACUCCAGAGAUUUCUAUUUUGUAGUACCUUCAAUAAUAUAUCAACUAUAUAUUAAAAAAGCACACUUGAGCAGCUAGGGAACUAUUUUGAAAAAUAUAUACAAUAUUUAAAGAUACAAACAGUAGUGCUUAAAAAUACUACAUAAAACAUUAUUUUAAAGAUUAUACUGGAAAGUGCAAUUUUAAAAUGAGUAAAACCUCUGCAUUUCUGCUGGCAUUAAGGGUUGAUGGUGUUACCAUGUAUCAUCAUGGCGGUACUAUUUUUUAAAAGAAAUUAAACACUGGAUCUCUCCUUAAGCCAACAUUGAAAAGACUUGCCACAUUUCUGAGUCCAAACACUGGAAAGCUCUCCUUUGCCACGGUUAACCGGGGCUCAUUCUCCAUGUGCCUUAGCCUUAAACAUGCCCCUGCUCCCCCAUCUCUCACCCUGUCCCCUCCUCCCCAGAUUCCCAAUCCCACCGCAAUGUUUGGCAAGCCUGGGACUGAUGAAUAGCUCUGAUAGAGGAGCUGGUGGCUUUUAUACUUCUUCCUGGGUUUUUGUUGGGGUUUGUUGUUUCGUUGUUUUUUGUUUUGGUUUGGUUUGGUUGGGGAAGUAUUAUCUUCUACGUGUGCUGUUUUCAGUAGCAGAGUAAGCACAAGGUUUUAAUCGAGUUGCAUAAGACACCUUUGCAUAGCUAUUUAAUUGCCCAAUGUAAAACUUUAAUGCCGUUUCUAAUGCUUUUAUUCAUUUUUGAAGUGUGAGUUUGUAGGGACAAAGAAUGUACGUUAUCAUAGACAAGACCUCCAGAGACUCUUGUCAGCAGAAAGUUACGCUUCUAGUUGCCUUACCAUGUUUCAUGCAAAACUGUCUGUGGUCCUCAAGGGUGUUGGAAACAUUAUGUUUAUUAAAUGGGCCUCUCUUCCUUUGCUGUGCACUUGAUGGGUGAACUGGAUUGGGGUGUGCACAUCUAGGAGGAGGAGAAACCUGUAGAAGUUUAAAGAUAGUUUGUAAAUAUCUUCUAAUGCUUGUUUUUAGUCCUUUUAUGUUGCAGAAGUUCAUGGUAUGUAGUUUAAUGCAAAAUGAAACCAUUUUAUUUCAAUGUUAUUAAAAAGGUUUGUUUCAUUAGGAAGUUAAUGUAUUGUUGCAGUGUUUUGUGCCUGUUUAAAGGCUUUUGUUUAGCAGAGUGAAUGUAAAAUACAGUAAAAUGUUAAGAUUGUCAUCUACUUUUUAAAAAAAAUAUCAACUUGGAAUUGUUUUUUAAAGGCUCAAUCAAGGAAGUGAGGUGUGCAAUAAGGUAGCAAGUACGCAGUUGCGUUUUUAUGUCAUGUUAGAGAUCCAUACAAUCUUUCCACUCACGGGAUUUUUGUUGAUGGCUGAAUUCUUGUGGAUUCAUAAGAGGAUCAUGCCCUUAGCAAGUACUUUUGUUUUGUUUUAAAUUAAGAGAUUCCCAAAUGCCUUUUUCCCCCUCAUCUUGAAAUGAGAUGAGUUUUUAUGUGUAAGCAAUAUUUAUUUAACUAUUCUAUAAAAUUAUUGAGUGCCUACUGAGGCCUUUAAGCACCCCUAACAUUCCUUUCCAUCAUUCUUUUAAAUGACAUAAAGUAAUUGUGCAAUGUUCCUGAUGAUGUACCCCACAAGCUGCAUUCAAGCUCAAAUCUGUGGGAAUGAGUGACUCAACAAAAUGUAAUUCGGAUCAGAUCCUCAUCCCCUGACUGUGUGAAAAAAGUACUCUCUUUCUAGAGAAGGAUUGUCACAGAGUUUCACUGCAUGAAACUGUGACCCAGUAUUCUUACUGUAUUUUACAUAUGCCUGUAAAUUAUUUGCAAAAAAGAAGAAGAGGAAGAGGAAGAAAGAAAAGAAAGAAAGAAAGAAAAAAAAAAAAAAAUGAUACCUUAACAUGGCAACCACCAAACUCCCUUAAAAACAAACGUUGGUGACAUGGCCAAUUAAGUAUCAGUGAGCCUCCCAUCUGGGACUUAUCUGCUCCUAUUGUUUCAAAACCAUUUCACGUACACUACUGAGGUAAGUUUAUAACUUGAAAUGUGAACUUUUUUUUUUUUUAGUGUUAAGAACAAACUAUAUAAAUGUAAAAAAAAAAGUUUUAGAGUUCUGUUUUCAAACAUUGCUAGUGGUUUAGUUAACUUUAGCUGCUUUAUAUUUGAAAAGCUUUUAUUUAGAUCUUGCUCCAUUUACAGUACAUUCUUAGGAUGUAUGUAGUAAAUAAAGCUUUCUUUAAAGCAAUCGCAAGACCUUA